UGGAUUUGAUAGAGGUGGUCGAUGGACGGGCCACGAGACAUAAGGUCAUUAUCAAAUCCUGUGCCUCGCAGCAUGAGCCGCAUCGACGUGUGCAUGAAUGACUUUUUCCUCGAUGAUCUCCUUGACCAUGCCUCUGCCCUCAGCGACGAUUCGCUCGACUGCGACGGCGCCAUUGCCACCGACUCGUCUGGCUUGGAAGAUAUGUCGAAGGAAGGGGUUUCGGUCCGUGCUACCAAUGCGAUGAAAGUCGAGCCACCAGACUCAACGGACAAAACGACCAAGUACUUGGAGAAGCUCUACUGGAUGCUUGAGCAAUGCCCCGACCACAUUGCCGCAUGGACGCAAGACGGCACGUCAUUUGCCAUUUACAACUCGGAUGCGCUCGAGAAAAACAUCAUCCCUCGCUUCUUCAAGCCCAUCAAGUUUGAGAGCUUCUCGCGCCAACUCAACUCGUACGGCUUCCGCAAAUCCAAGUUUGUCGUGAGCGACGUCAUCGUGUACGAGUUCAAGCACGCCAAGUUUGUUCGUGGCAAGUCCGAUCAACUCCUCUCGAUCAAGCGACGUCGCCGCGUCAAGCGAAGCGCCACCAGAUCCGUCAACGACAUGAACGACGACGAGCUGCGCUCAGCCAUGACCGAGUUGACGCGGUUCGUUCAGUCGUUGAAGCAGGAACUUGCCGAGACCAAGGCGCUUGUUCAGUCCAUGACCAAGGGUACCAACGCAUUAUGAGAGAGGUAUCCGUAGAAGUUAGGAUCGUAUUUAUUUCAAACUAGCAUCAUGUUCGGCCAA